AUGGCGGAUCAAGCCGACGUCGACUUGGAUUCUAUCAUCGACAGACUGUUAGAGGUCCGUGGUAGCCGCCCCGGAAAGCAGGUUCAACUGCUCGAGGCCGAAAUUCGCUACUUGUGCACAAAGGCCAGGGAGAUUUUUAUCUCACAGCCCAUUCUCCUUGAACUAGAGGCACCCAUUAAGAUCUGUGGAGAUAUCCACGGCCAAUACUACGACCUUCUAAGAUUGUUCGAGUAUGGUGGCUUCCCCCCCGAAGCCAAUUAUCUCUUCCUCGGUGAUUAUGUCGAUCGAGGCAAACAAUCUCUGGAAACUAUCUGCUUGCUUCUAGCAUACAAGAUUAAGUACCCCGAAAAUUUCUUCAUUUUGCGCGGUAACCACGAGUGUGCCUCAAUCAAUCGUAUCUACGGAUUCUACGACGAGUGCAAGCGGCGAUACAAUAUCAAGCUAUGGAAGACCUUCACCGACUGCUUUAACUGCCUUCCCAUCGCUGCCAUCAUCGACGAGAAGAUUUUCACCAUGCAUGGAGGAUUGUCUCCGGAUCUUAACUCCAUGGAACAAAUUCGCAGGGUUAUGAGACCUACUGAUAUUCCCGACUGCGGCCUCCUUUGCGAUCUCUUAUGGUCAGAUCCCGAUAAGGAUAUAACCGGCUGGAGCGAGAACGACCGUGGUGUUUCAUUCACCUUUGGUCCCGAUGUUGUGUCCCGAUUCCUUCAGAAACAUGACAUGGAUUUGAUCUGUCGUGCGCAUCAAGUCGUCGAAGACGGCUACGAGUUCUUCUCCAAGAGACAACUCGUCACAUUGUUUUCAGCGCCCAAUUACUGUGGCGAGUUCGAUAACGCUGGAGCUAUGAUGAGUGUCGACGAAAGCUUGCUUUGCUCCUUCCAGAUCUUGAAACCCGCCGAGAAGAAGCAGAAGUACGUAUAUGGUGGCAUGGGUGCGGGCAGACCGGUUACUCCCCCCAGGAAGCAGAAGAAGAAGUGA